AUUUGUUCCGCGGACAGGGAAACCGCACGAAUUACGUGCCCAGAAAUGAAAAAAAAAUGGUAGAAAAGUUUCGCGCAUUUAAAAAUUCUAUUGAAUUUUUCCCCCAAUUGUUACACAUGAAGACCUCUCAUUGCACAACAAUCAAUUAAUAUCCCCAACUGCCCUCGCACAUCAAAAGCACACGUUACACCACAUCGAGCCGACGACUAAGUAGUCUAACAUCGAGUGACGCAUACAGAGUAUUCCCCAAAUUACGUGAUACCGAAAUUUGUGUGGCGCAACGAGAUGCGAAAAAUAUGGGUGAACAUCGAUAGUUCACUCAUGGGAAAGGCAAAUCCAAUUUUUAUGCGGAACAAUGCAUACAAAAAUUUCAUGACACGUGGGAGACCCGAAAAGCCGCUUAUAAAAAGCCUCGAUGGCAGUGGAAAUUUCUCAGUCGAACGCUCUGACGACCUGAACGCACGUGGAGAUGAGUGCUCCUCAGGUAUCGAUAAUCCUCCUGAUUGUCAUCAGUGCAGUGGUAUGUCAGUACGAACGUCCAUACAAACCAAGUGGAUGGCGUCCAGCCGGACAGGGCUUCAAUGCUCAUGACAGUCCUCAUCACUCCAAUCAUCAUAAUUAUCCAGUGCGCAUUGAUAGCUCCUAUGGACCACCUCCACAUCGGCCAGGCACAUUCGAUAGAGAGGACCUAACAACCACCACGAGUACAACGACACCGAGAAGUCGAGAACCCACUCCAACAUCGAACGAAUCCGAAGAGGAUUCGCAAUCUAAUCCGGCAUUGGCAAUAGCAAAUUCCUUUGCAUUCAACAGGCCUGUCUACGUGUACACUGGAUUCCCACUGCAGCCGGCAUUCACGUAUUUCAAAUGAAAAUUCCUCGUUAUUCGAUCGGAGGAUCUCUCGUUCAUUUAUCACCGGGAAAGUGCCGACUCGAGUUGUUGUAAUUUGCCAGCACUCACCCAACAGAGUGAAGCGUUGCGAUUUGUAUGAGUGGAAAAUUCAGAAAUUACCUCUGAGACUGGCUGACUAUU